AUGAAAUAUGUUAGGAACAUGAAUACUAAAAUAAAGCUACUGGAUGAUAUAAGCUGUGAUGUCAAAAAGCACAUGGAAACAAACAAUAGAAGUAAUCUGGAGAUACCUACUCAUGUACCAGGGUGGUUGGAAGAAGUCGAAAAGACUAAAGAAAAGGCUCAAAGCAUUCUAAGUAUUGGGAACGGAUGUUGUAACUUGAAAAUGAGGUAUCGAGCCGGAAGGAAGGCAUUCAAGACUACGGAGGAGAUGGAAAGUCUUAUUGAUGAAAAUAGUAAGAUAACUUGGAGUGAUGCUCAAAGACCUCUUGGGAAAGUAAACUCGAAAAUCGCAUCCAGUUCUGCACCAUCAGAUGGUGAAUCCCAAAAUCACUUCAAAUCAAGAGAGAAGUCUUUUAAGGACGCCUUUAAGUCCCUUCAACAAGAUCACAAGAGCAAAGUGAUAGCCAUAUGUGGAAUGGGUGGUGUGGGGAAAACCACUAUGAUGGAACAACUGAAGAAGACUGCAGAAGAUAAGAAAUUUUUUGAUUGGAUUGUGAAGGUGGUCAUUGGGCAAAAGACUAACAUGCUUUCUAUUCAGCAAGAUGUAGCAGAAUACAUGGGCACAUCUCUAACUGAAACGAGUGUAGCAGCAAGGGCAGAUCGUCUUCGUAUCACAUUUGGGAAGAUGUCAGAAAAAAAAGAAAAGCUUUUAGUGAUAUUAGAUGAUGUAUGGGAGACGAUUGAACUCAAAGAUAUUGGACUGAGUCCUUUGCCCAACAGCUUCAAGUUGUUGUUGACAUCACGGAAUGAAAGUAUUUGCAAACAAAUUGCAGUAGAAGCUAAUUCGGAGUCGACACUAGUUCGAGUGGAUGUGAUGGAGGAGCCCGAAGCACAAAAUUUCUUUUGGCAAAUCACAGGAGUUUCAAAACAACAUGAUAUGGAGCUCAAUCAAAUAGGAAGUGAAAUUGUGAGAAGAUGUGGUUUUUUGCCCCUUGCCAUUAAACUCAUCGCCAAAACCCUUCAAUUUCAAGAAGUUUUUGUAUGGAGAGAUACUUUUCAACGGUUGAAGAAGAAGAAUCUUGAUGAGAAUGUGCAAGAAGUUAUUAAGAUAAGCUAUAAUUAUAUAAAAACAGAGGAGGAAAAGGUGAUUUUUCUUCUGUGUGGCUUGUUUCCUGAUGACUUUAAUAUCCCAAUUGAGGAACUCACAAGAUAUGCAUGGGGCCUACAGUUAUUAAGUGAAGUAUCCACUUUGGGAGAGGCUAGAGACAGGACAAAAAUGUGUGUGCAGAAUCUUAGAAAUGCAAAUUUGUUGAUGGAUAGCGAUUGCAUUGGGUGUGUCAAAAUGCAUGAUCUUGUGCUUGCUUUUGUCAUAAGUAGAGUUUCUAAAGGUCAUCAUCCAUGGAUAAUCAACCAUGGUGAUAUUUCAAAGUGGAGUAGAGCUGAAGUGAAAGAGUCUUGCAACAGAAUCUCUAUUACUUGCACAGGUAUGUAUGAGUUUCCUGGUGACUCUAAGUACCCAAACCUAUCACUUUUGAGACUUAUGGAUGGAGAUAAGUCACUUAAGUUUCCUGAAGGUUUUUAUGAAAGAAUGGAAAAUCUUGAAGUUAUAGCGUAUGAAAAAAUGCAGUAUCCGUUGCUUCCCAGAUCACUUGAAUGCUCCACCAAACUACGAACACUCAUUCUCCAUAAAUGCUUAUUGAUGUUUGAUUUCUCUGUUAUUGGAGAACUCUUGAAUCUGGAAGUGCUCAGUUUCGCUCAUUGUGGCAUCAGAAAGUUACCAUCCACAAUCGGAAAGUUGAAGAAGCUAAAGCUACUGGAUUUGACGGGCUGUGUCAAUCUUCGUAUUGAUGAUGGUGUUUUGAAAGAUUUGGUCAAUCUUGAAGAGCUUUAUAUGAGAGUUGCUGAUGAAAAGGCAAUUAGGUUCACAGACAGUAAUUAUGCUGAAUUAGCAGAACUUUCAAAGCACCUUUCUGCACUAGAAAUCGAGUUCUUUGGGAACAGUGGUAAGCCCGAGAAUGUGUUGUUUACGAAACUUGAAAGGUUCAGGAUCUCUAUGGGAUGUGGUUUAGUAGCCAAUACUAACAAAAAUAUGCACUCAUUUGAUAACACAUUGAGGUUGGUCACUAACAAGAAUGAGCUAUUGGAAUCUGGAAUGAAAGAGUUAUUUGAGAAAACUGAGGUGCUUUAUUUGAAGGUGGAUGGUAUGAACAAUCUUGAAGAAGUUUUAAUGGAAUCAGUUCGUCUUCCUCAGCAGGCGUUUAAUAAUCUAAGAGUCCUUGAUGUUUUCAACUGUGCAAACUUAAGAUACCUCUUUACAGUCCCUAUUGCAAAUGGUUUGAUGAACCUUGAACGCCUCACAGUUUCACAGUGCCCUGUUCUGGAAGUACUUGCACAUAGUGAGAAUAGUGGAGAUGGGGUAAUCAAGUUUCAGGGGCUAAAGUUUCUAAGAUUGGAUAGGCUACCAAAGUUGAUAGGUCUUUGCAACACUGCUAAUGUAAUUGAGCUACCACAGCUGGUGGAGUUGGAACUUGAUGGCCUUCCUAAUUUCAGUAGCAUUUAUCCAGAGAAAACAUCUGCAACAUCUUCUAUGUCCAGUAAUGCCUCUGCAAUUCAACCAUUCUUUAACAAACAGAUGCUGAUUCCUAAGUUGGAGAAAUUGGGGAUUUGGAGUAUGGAUAAGCUGAAAGAGAUAUGGCCUUAUCAAUUUAGUAGUAGUGACGAAGUUAAUGCCUGCAUGUUGAGAGAGAUUCACGUGAGGAAUUGUGAUAAUAUUGUGAAUCUGUUUCCAACCAAUCCCAUGUUCUUGCUGGGUCGUCUGGAAGAGCUGGAUGUUUCUAAUUGUGGAAGCAUUGAAGUGUUGUUUAACAUCGACAUGAGUUGUGUUGGCGAAACUGAAGAAUACAGUAGCAGCUUGAGAAAAAUUAAAGUGUAUAAUUUGGGUAAGCUAAGAGAGUUGUGGAGGAUGAAAGGUGAAAGUAGCUCUGAUAUCCUCAUCCGUACCUUUCAAGCUGUUGAAAGGAUAGAAAUAGAAGAGUGUGAGAGGUUUGUAAACGUAUUCACACCGACCAUGACCAAUUCUGAUGUGAAAACAGUUAUGAAAGUGAGUAUAGAUGGUAGGAGAACGUGGGAAGAAACCAGGGGAAACAUUGAAUUGGUUCAGAACAACCAAGAGAUUAAUGUUAUAUCCAAGGCAGAGAUCAUUUCAGAGGUGGAUGGUAAUAUUCCUGACGUUGAAUCCUCAAUUCAUCCCAAACCUUUUCACGUUAAUCACCUUCAAAGACUUGAUGUAAGGGACUGUAAGGAUGUUGAAGUGGUGUUUGAGAUAGAGAGUUCCAGUAGCAACAGCAGCAGCAGCACAGAUUUCACAACAACUCUGCAUAAAUAUAAUCAUCAACCACCACCACUACUACUUCCCCACCUCACGUAUUUAUAUUUAAUAAAUAUGGAGAGGAUGAGUGAUGUGUGGAAGUGCAAUUGGAAGAAACUUGUAAUUCCUCAAAACCAAUCACAAUCCUACUCAUUCCACAACCUCACAACCAUAUACAUGAAUAAUUGCAAAAGCAUAAAGCACUUAUUUUCACCUGUCAUGGGCAAACUUCUUCCCAACUUAAAGGGGGUCUGGAUAGAUGAGUGUGAUGGUAUUGACGAAGUUGUUUCAAAUAAAGAUAUUAAUGAUGAAAAUGAAGAAAUAAUAUCUUCUACUCACACAAACACCAUCUCCUCCUUCCCUCUUAUUGAAUUUCUCUUCCUCCGGUCUUUGCCACGCCUAAAGAGUAUCGAUGGCGGUACUACAAUCACAACUACUUCCAUCCAUGAUCAGUUCAAGUGUUCUCAAGUCGGUGUUGCUUCUUGGUUCUUAUGCCAAUACUCCAAAAAGAUUUAUAUAGAGAACUGUCCUGCCCUAUCAAGAGUGUUUCCAUCCAAUGUAGUGGGACGACUGCUUAAGCUUGAAGAGUUGAGAAUAUGGUAUUGUAAGUCAAUAGUAGAGAUAUUUGAAAGUAAAGAAAUAAAAAAAGAUGGUGUUGAUAGUACUACGAAUGUUGGUGAUGGAAGUGAUGAUACUUGUACUGCAAUCACCAUCCCAAGGUCGGCAAAUAUGACUCUGCUUCAAUUGCCCAACCUAACGAUAUUGAAAAUAGAAAGAUGUGAAGUUUUGGAAUAUAUAUUCACAAGUUCCACACUUGAAAGCCUCAAGCAACUCAAAGAACUGACUGUAGCAGAAUGCAAGGCAAUGCAAGUGAUUGUGAAGGAAGACGCAGAGCACACAGAAACAUCUAAAUCUAUAAUAGUCUUCCCACGUCUCAAGUCCCUUACACUUGUAGAUUUACCAGAUCUGAAGGGUUUCUUCUUGGGGAAGAAUGAGUUCAGGUGGAAAGUAUUGGAAAUGGUUGAGAUGUAUGGCUGCCCACAAAUGAUGAAUUUCACAUCUGGUCACUCCAUGACUCCGAAGCUCAAAUAUAUACAUACAGCCUACGGCAAGCAUAGUCUUGAAUGUGGCCUCAACUUCCAUUUGACCAAUGCUACACAUGAGGAUGAGACUCAACUCCCUAUGUGCUCUACUCCAGAUAUGAUAAAACUACUUCAGUUCCCUUGGUCUUUUUCAAAUUUAGUUGAAGUAGAUGCACAUAAGUAUGAUGACAAAUUGUUUGAAAGCCGCAUAAUUUUUCCAUGCAAGGAGUUGCUUAAUUUGAAGAAUCUUGAAAAGCUCUCUAUUACCAGGAAGCUAAAAGAUUUUAUAUUACUCUUGCGGAAAAUUAAUGGUGAAUCUAAAAUAGAGGAGGUAUUUGAAGUAGCAGAAGGGACAAAUGAAGAUGUGGAUAUUGAAACACAAUCUGUUGUGGUAUUUGAGAAGCUGAAAGAGGUGACUUUGGGUGGAAUAUAUAAUCUGAAGCAUGUGUGGAAGAGCAAUCGGUGGAUAGUGUUGAACUUUCCAAACCUCACAAAGGUCUCAAUUGAAAGUUGUAAGCUUCUUGGACACGUUUUCAGUAGUUGCAUGGUUGGUAGUCUAUUGCAGCUCCAAGAGCUACAAAUAAGUAAGUGCGAGAGUAUGGAUGUGAUUGUGAAGCAAGUUGAAGAUUCCGAAACCAGACCGACUACUGAGGUUGUGUUCCCUUGUCUAAAAUCCAUAACACUUCACAACCUUCCAAAUCUCAUGGGAUUUUGCCUGGGGAAGGAGGCUUUUGAAUGGCCAUCAUUAGAUACUUUGAAAAUCAAAUAUUGUCCAAAAAUAACAGUUUUCACAAAUGGGCAAUCAACUACUCCAGAGCUAAAGUUAAUAGAUACAACUUUUGGAUUGUGUCAUGUAACAGAAGACCCCAACUCUUUUAUAAAUACCUAUCAACAAGAGGGAUGGGAGUUCUAGAGGAACAUUUGAAUUCACAUGUGCAGUUUGGCUCAUUUUGAAGUCAGCU